AUUUAAAUCAAGUUGAAAAGUUUACAAAGGCUGAACAGCGGAGGAGCUCAACAAGGGCUCUAUUUACAGAGACUGAGAAGGAGGAGCGGAGGGGCAACCGAAUGAAUUAAAUAAUGCUUAGGCGCUUAAACUACGUAAUUUCAUCAACAGCGAAAGGAAGGGUUGAAACAAGAGGGGAAACAGAACUGACAAAAGUUGCUGAGACGUUAAACUAAAGAUUUUAGAAGAUAAAGAAAAAAAAAAGAGAGAGAGAGAGAGAGAGAGAGAGAGAGAGAGAGAGAGAGAGAGAGAGAGAGAGAGAGAGAGAUGAGGACAUUACAUAAUAAAUUGGUAGCGUUCGACUGGGACCGGCACUGACUGACACACACUUCAGACUCACGGUCAAACAAUUGAUGAACUUUUGGAAACUUUGGCCUUUUAUUUAUAUAGGCUACGUAUCUACAUUUAUAGAUGCCCACAUUUUUUAAAUCGUAUUAUCCUGUUUUUGCCUUGUUUAUUUUUAUGAUAAACAUGUAGAACUCCCUGGAGAGUUCUUGUCACUCUUUUGGCUUGGAUAAUGUUGACAAAGUUGUCAGCAUCGCGGUUCUUUGCGCUUUGAACGCAUUUUCAAAUACUUUUCUGAUGUUUCCUAAAAUUGGAAAAUUGGAGUGAACGCUAUUUACAGAUAGAGAGCGCGUAAUUCAAGUACUCAUCAAAAGUUAUGACCUCGGCGACACCCCCUUCUUCUCGUAGCUCCUCCCCACAGAAGGUCUGCCACUCUCAGACUCAGACAGAUGUUCUAAAGCCACUAUUGGGUGGAGGAGGCGGGGCUUCUUCAGGGAACGGACCUGCCGCAUUAAGGCGUCGGCGGCGGGUGCUGUCUAAAGAAGGGCGGAGCAAUGUACUUAUUGAACACGUCAGCGGCCGUGGGGCACUUUACUUGCGUGACCUAUGGACGACCUUUUUGGACAUGCAGUGGCGCUACAAGCUGUUCUUGUUUUCAGCCACCUUUGCUGGUACCUGGUUUAUCUUUGGAGUGCUGUGGUACUUGGUGGCACUCGUGCAUGGAGAUUUGCUAGAGUUUGACCCUCCAUCCAACCACACGCCAUGUGUGAUGCAGGUCCAAACUCUGACAGGGGCAUUCCUUUUUUCUCUGGAAUCACAAACUACUAUUGGCUACGGCUUUCGUUGUAUCACUGAGGAAUGUCCACUCGCCAUCAUACUGCUUAUUGUCCAACUUGUCAUCACUAUGGUGAUGGAAAUCUUUAUCACUGGAACAUUCCUUGCCAAGGUAGCUCGGCCGAAGAAACGUGGUGAAACUGUGAAGUUUAGUCAGCAUGCUGUGGUUGCCAAUCAUGAGGGGCGGCCUUGUCUUAUGAUCCGUGUAGCUAACAUGCGUAAGAGUCUGCUUCUGGGCUGCCAGGUAACCGGUAAGCUGCUGCAGACAUCCCUGACUAAGGAGGGUGAGACAGUUCGUUUGGACCAGAGGAAUGUAUUCUUUCAAGUGGACACAUCCAGUGACAGCCCUUUCCUCAUACUUCCCCUCACUUACUACCACGUGAUAGACGACAACAGCCCACUGCGGGCCUGGGCCGCCAAAGGUGGUGGGUGGACGGACCCAGAGCUGGCAGACUUUGAGCUGCUUGUAAUUAUGAGUGCUACAGUGGAGCCCACCUCGGCCACCUGCCAGGUUCGUACCUCCUACCUGCCGGACGAGAUCCUUUGGGGCUAUGAAUUUCCACCUGUCGUCUCCCUCUCCCCCUCUGGGAAGUAUGUCGCUGAUUUUGCAUUCUUUGACAAGGUUGCCAAGACCAAGACGCCGCCCAUUUUCAAACAAGCCCCACCUCAUAAUACUCAAGCUUCCUAUCAAAAGAGUAAAGGAGGAGACCAAGGGGCAGAUACAGAAAAAAUGAGAUUGGAGGAGAUUUACCGGGAGGAAAGGGGGCGUGUGCGAGACCAACUUAGUGUCCGCAUAAGUAAUGUAUAGAUAAGAAAAAGCACAAAGAUGGAGGGGGUGAAAACGGAGUCUGAUAUAGAUAAACUGCCCGAGUGCUUGUACGAGUAAGCGUUAGCCAACUUCUUUUUAAUGCCACUGAGUCUACCUGUUUUGCCAGGCAGCGUGCCAGCAGAGUUGGCUACUGCUGAAAUACACUGACAUGCAAGAAUGAAAAUAACAUGGGCACAAGAAAAGGGGCUAUGUUCGAAAUAGUAUACUACUCAGUAUGUAUCUCACAAAUCAAAUUACACUCUUGUUCAAUGUGACAAAAAACUCUUUAGUUAAUGAAAUUAAAAAUGGAACAAGCUUCAACAACAUAAAAAAUACACCAGGUGACAAAUGCAACCAAUACAAUUAUGCAAAACAAUGUGUAAUAUGUAGAGAAACCCAACAAUCUGUUUAAUUUUUAUUUGAUGUCGUAAAGUCGGGUUUGAGCUAUCAGAGCUUUUAAAAAAGUUUCCCACUUGUAAUAACUAAUUCAACAAAGAUAUUAAUGAGAUUAUGGUAUUGACAACAAUGUAGUACACUACUGCGUUAAACAUUUAUUGUUGUUGAUAAUACUUUUACAUACUAUAUUUAAAAAGUAGUAUCCGCUUGUUAAGGCUGACAUCAUGCACCACUUCCGGGUCCAAUCAAUCUCUAAUUCCAUAGGGAGAUGACCAGACAUGGAUUUUUUAUGAAUGAUUAAUAUUUACAUUUACAUUACAUUCGUCCAAAGUGACUGACAAAUGAGGUAAACAAUAAAAGCAAUACAAAAAUGCACUAGAAGUAGUAUCAUUAAGGUCUAAAACAUUAUACAUAGAAAAAGGUUAGUUAGUAACAGUACAUUCACAAGGGGCGAAAGUGUUAAUGCUUGACGGAAGGCUUGUCUGAAGCAUGGCCAACCGCCAAUCACAAUGGACGCAACCUAUGCUCUGGUCUUCCAUAAACGUAAUUGACUGGCUCUGCCUAGGUUAUUUGCAUAAGGCGAUCUGAUUGGCUGACGCAUGCGUUGCCGCUUGAAAAGUUGAGAUAUGUUCAACUUCUGCCGAAAGCAGAAAAACAUGAAAGUGUUUGGUAGCUUCUAAAUUCACCUCUGUUUGGAUCCUAACUGUACAUUCAUACCGCCCCCGACUUGAGCUUCCAAAGUUGCCAGAAGUCAUUCAUUUACUAUAGAAGCUGGCUUUUCUCAGCUGCAAGGAGCAUCAAAUCCAUCAGCGUCACAUUUUGAGCAACCAGAGCGUCAAUCAGAAAGUUGAAAGAAGCUCAACUUUAUGGUUAUGAGCUAUGACACGGUUUACAACAAGCAGUGGCAAAACGCCAGCAACCAAUCGAAUAUAGCCUAGACGUUCUUCGGUGGCUGAUUCUGGAGAAAUAUAUUAGGUAAACUUUCAUUCCUAUCAAAACAUUAGUUCUUCAGAGACUUCAGAGCGGCCAAAGCGUCAACAAGCUUCCCCAUACAUUUUGAAAAGCGUCCAUGACCGGGCAAGCCUGAGCUUCUUUGAAAGCUCAAGUCGGCGGCGGUGAGAACGCUCAGUAAGGAAAACUGGGCUAAAUGGUAACACAUUCACAAUGCGCUGUACAAAGAUUAACUGCACGCAUUGAAAAAAGGUAUGUAUUCAUUUGUCUAAGUUGAGGUAAGAACAUACCGUUAGUAAAAUAUUGAAAAUCGGUGGUGUUCUCCUUUAAACUCUGUAUUAGUAAGUGAGGUGUUGGCAGAAGAGAUGGGUUUUUACCUAAAUACUGCUACAGAGUCAGCUGAUCGUGUCGUGACCGGCAGAUCAUUCUAUAGAUGUGGAACAGAUCCAGAGAAGGUACACGAUAGUGAUUUGUUUCCUCUUUUUGAGAUGGCACCACAAGCCUUUGCUCGGUGACAGAGCACAGAGAUCGAGAAGGUACGUAGGUCUGUAUAAGCGAAUUAAAGUAAGGGGGUGCUGACCCGGUGGUACUUUUAAAGGCCAGGAGUAGAGCUUUGAAUUUGAUGUGAGCUGAUAUAGGAAGCCAGUAAUUGCUGUCUGUGAUUCCAAGAGUUUGGAAACUGCAGUGUACACUGAGUUUAUACAUUUUUCCGUAAAUGACUAACAUGAAUAAAUAGUGCUCAUAAACUGCUGUUUAAAUAGUUUCCUCUAUUGAAAUUAGUGGAGGCUUAGACCCGGAAACAGUAUUCCUUACAUCAUAUCUUAACAAGUGGAUAUUAAAAAUAAACUGCACAUAGUAUGAGUCAACGGCUAGUAUUCUAUUUCGAACAUAGCCAGGGAAAGUGAUUACUGAAAACUACUAAGCUAAUAGAUCUUCUGGAAUUCAAUGUGGGUGGACUCAUUAUAGAUUCGCUGCUUCACACAUGACAAUACUGAUUUUACACACACAAAACACAAACAAACGCUCAUAAGAUGGACUGGUCAACUGUAAAGGAUUGUCUCCACCUUGUGGCCAAGAAAAGCAGUGCCACUGAUUUGGGACACCUGAGAACUUACUGUAUAUAACAUUCUGAUGGAAAACAGCUGACUUGAACAUAUGGAUAAUAAAAUACUUUUCUUGAAGGAUUCUGGAUUGUAGAGGGGUCAUGUAAAAGACUGAAAAAAAAUCAUAAUGUUUAAACCACUGUACUGUAGGUAAUGAUAGGUCAAAAAGUACAAGCGUUGGAGUAAAUAACUUGUUUUCGUCUUAUCGAGGGACUGCAUUGUCUAUAUAUUGUCUAUAUUUGUGUCUAACAGUGCCAGUAUAGAACUUUUUUGGGUAAAGGUCUAGAUUUUCCCAUAGUUUAUCUUUUGUCACUGGAAUGAACAUAUUGAUGUUUGUUAACAAUACUAAAAGCACUUUAACCCAACGAGGCAUGUUUAUUUUUUUAUUUUUUUUGGGUCCAGAUUAAUUGUACAUGUGCUGUUUUUAUAAAGACAUUUCAAAUGAAGUGUGAAAGAAUGUAUUUUCAAUUAUUAUAAUGGAUUUAUUCAAUGUGCCUGCAAUGUAUAUAAUAAUAAUAGUAAUAAUAAUAAUAAUUUUACAAUUUCGUUUAAUAUUUUAAAAAGUCCUGGGGCAUGGCUAUUUUGACUUAAGCAUGAAAACACCAUGAAUAAACUCAUAUCAAAUCAUAUCAGCCAGAACACACAAAACCCAUUUAAUAAACACCUUAGCAAUAACAUAGUAUUUCCAUUCCUUCUACCCAAAACACACAAGCAUCCUAACAUUUUAUUAUUAUUAAUAUUACUAUUAUUAUUGUUGUAGAUUGCAUUUAUCUGUUGUAAGAAGAAUGAUUGUCUCAUUUUCUUUGUCUACAACUGUGGCUGAAAAGAAACAUGUGUUUAGUCAGGGUUCACUUUCAAAAACUGGACUUUCCUUGUUUUAACUGCUAAU